ACAGGUUUAAUCGGCUUAUUGAUAAGUAAUUAAUUGGUAAUAAAUAAUGUAAAUAAAAUUCAGUGUGCAUUGUUAUCUAUGAUAAAAAAUGAAUUUUUAGGAUAAAAUUAUCACCUCCUUGAAUUACACAUGGUUGUCAUGGUCAUCCGGUUAUAAAUUAGACGACAUGUCUUCAAAACUGGAGCAAGCCUCCACAACAAGUACAAAAAAGGCACUUCCAACACGAAAAUCGUCAUUUCAAGUAAAACCAGUGUUAAAGGCAAAUGUUACCUCAAAGCCAAACACAAAAACUAGGACUGGGUAUUCAGCUCCCAAGAAGGAAAUUGGAGCUUGGAAAGAGAAGCCCCAGUAUGACAAAGAUAUCACUGAGAACUUCCGUAACAUGAUAAAUGGAGACCUCAACAACAUUCCCGAACUUCCCAAGACGAUGGUUCGCAUCUUUCUCAGCUCAACCUUUUCAGAUAUGCGAGAGGAGAGGAACACGUUGGCACGUGAGGUUUACCCAUACUUGAGAGACCAUUGUGCCCAAAAGGGCAUGGACUUCCAGGUGGUGGACAUGCGUUGGGGCAUCACUGAAGAAAGCCAGAAUGACCACUCAGUUGAGAAGAUAUGUCUGCAGGAGGUGGCGAACUGCCAGAAAUCAUCUCUUGGGGUUAACUUUGUGGUUUUGUCUGGGGACAGGUAUGGUUUUCGCCCCAUUCCGACAGAAAUGGAUGUGAAACUGUUUGAAUGUCUGAGAUUUGAAGCCACGAAACUGAAACUUAAAGACCGAGAACUUCUUGAUACUUGGUACCUAAAGGAUGAAAAUGCUGUACCAAGUUUGUAUGUGCUCCAGCCAAUCAGGUCCAAGUUCACAUUCUUUGGAGAUUUCUCACCUGGAUGUGAUGAGUUGAGACAGAAGGACACGACUGCUUGGUAUGAGACUUAUGGACAACUACAGGUAGUGUUGAGAAAAGCUGCCACGGAGGCCCACAAAGACGGCAAAAUCACAGAGCAGGAAAAGGAACAGUUCUUCAUAUCUGUGACGGAAAGUGAGAUUCAGAAUGGUAUAGUGAAGGCCAGUGAUGUUGACUUGCAUUGCUUGGUGUACAAGCGAUACAUUAAUGAUCUAGAUGACAAAACUGCGGGUGACAAAAAUGCUCCGAGAUACAUAGAUGUGCAAAAAACUGACAAGGGUGUCCGUAUAGAUGAAGAGGUUGUACACUAUAAAAAGUUGCUUUUUGACCAGAAAAUUAAAGGAAAACUGCAAGACGACAAUAUCAAGUCAUAUACAAUUCGAUGGAUCCCACAAGGUGUUCGUCCCGACAUGAUGGAAGAGCAUGAAUCAUACCUGGCUGAUUUCUGCAAAGAUUUUACCAAAGACUGCAUGAGACUCAUUGAUGCUGCGCAUGCAAAUCGAAAUCCUCUGAUCAAUGCAGCAAACUAUUACACCGAUUAUUAUGAACUUGUGCAUCAUUUGAAAUUUUGCAAUGCAAAAUGUGAAUCCUUUUGUGGUCAGCAAAGUGUUCUUGAGAAAGCUAAAAAGUACAUUCUGGAUGAAUCCUCUCACACACCGUUAGUCAUCCAUGCAGAUUCUGGUCUAGGCAAAACAUCCAUUAUGGCAAUGAUAAUGAAAUCCAUCCCAGCUUGGUUGGAGGGCAAAUCACACACACGAUUGAUUCGAUUUCUCGGCACAACUCCUAACACUCAGAACGUGUUUGACGUUCUGGGUAGUGUUCUUGGUCAUGUUUCUGAUAAUUACAAGAUGAUCAUCCCGCCAAUCAACUACAAUACCAUGGCAAAGUUACAAGAUUAUGCACCAAGACACUUACGACAGGUUGGAAAAGUUGCAAAAGAACCAGUGGUUAUUUUACUGGACUCUAUCGAUCAGUUAGAAGAAACCUAUGAUUCAUACUCAAUGAAAUGGCUACCACUGACACUGCCGUCGAAUAUCAAGAUUAUCAUUUCAACUUUACCAAAGGGAAAUGGAAUUCUGACCAAUCUGAAAAAGUUACUGCCAGAAUCCAAAUGCUAUGUAGAGGUACCCAUGGUUUCAGAACAUACCGGCAAAGAAAUUAUAAAUAUGUAUCUCGGAAAGCGAAACAGACAGAUCACAGAGGCCCAAAUGAGUAUGCUCUUGUCUGUGUUCAAAGGCACUCCAACGCCACUAUUUUUGAAAAUAAUUGUGGAUGAGGCGAGGCUAUGGAAUUCGUUUACUACGAUGUCAGAUAUAUCAUUACCGACAACUGUAAAAGAGGCAAUCAGCAAAAUGUUUGAAAAGCUUGAAACAAAGUUUGGACAGACGCUUGUCAGUCAUGCACUCGGCUACAUCACUGUUGGCCUAUCAGGAAUCACAGAAUUUGAAAUUGAGGAUGUUUUAUCCUGUGACGAUGCUGUUUUAAACGUCGUCUACAAGUUCCAUGAUCCUCCCGUUCCAGGGAUUGUAAGAAUCCCGCCUGUUUUGUGGGCAAGAAUUCGCUACGACAUCAAGGAGUAUCUAGUUGAGAGACUAUCGCAUGGAAGAACCACUCUGAAUUGGUACCACCGACAGUUCAUUGAAACUGCAAGAGAACGGUACACAACAAAUGGCAAAGAGGCUGAACUUCACAAGAAUCUGGCUGAUUUAUUCCUGCAAGAAAACGGUCUGCAUCGUUCUAUUCGAUUGAUGAACAGGAACUCUCUUUUUGUUGAGGAUGCGGACCGGCAAGUCACACCACAACCGUUUACAUCCGAGAAUCGCAGAAAACUUGCAUGCCUUCCGUACCAUGCCAGUAUGGCAUCGAGCCUUGUAGGUAGCCAUUUUGUCAAACGGAAUAUUCUGUGCAAUUUUAAAUUUCUCUCCACAAGGAUAGGAGCAUUUUCAGUGUCAACUGUUCUUCAAGACUUGCAAGGUUUUCUGGACAAACAGCCUGACAAAGAAGUAGCGCAUUUAAAGUCGUGCAUCAAUGUUUGUAGAAACAACAUUGCCCAGUCACUACGUUUUGCAUUUCACAUAAUAAGUGCAUUGAAUCCUUCACCAUCCGAAGAAUGCCUCUUGAAGUUGGUUGACGAUGCCCGUGAGCAUUUACAAAGUCAGAAAAGACCACUGCUCAUUCCAAGCUUUCCCUGUAUGGCUCCGAGGGAGGAUACAUCCGGCGCCUUGCUUACGUCCAUUACAGGAAUAACUGAAAUUGAAAGCCACUCUAUAAAUGCUCUCUUACUGAAAAAACACAAAGGAGAAGAGGAAGAUGAGCACAAGUCAACAUACGAGGUUUUAUAUACAGAUACACAGGAGUCUGUCCCUGUGGAACUGAAGGAGAACGACGUCUGUAGCAAAAUCCACAUGAAUGGCGAUUUGUUGUACUACCUGACUGAGAAUUCAGUUGCGUGUAACUUGCGUGGCAAUACAACUGACGAGUACACGUUCGAUUUGUUAAUUCCAAACUGGGAAACCAAUAAAGAAAAGCCCAAAGAAUUUGCAUAUAAUCAGGAAACUAAACACGGUGCUGUCGUAUUUGACUCAUGCAUUGUCAUAGUUGAUCUUGAAAAAAUGUCAUUUGUGCAGAAAUUCACUCCCAAGAAGCCUCACGCAAAAUUUGAGACAUGCUAUAUUCUGAAUGACGAGAAAGUCGUUGCAAUGGGAUGUAUUACCAAUUCAAAUGAAGAUGAUGAUCAAACACCAACAAAUAUCAGCUUUAUUUGUUCUUUUGACCUCGAUAAAGAUAGUCCCGUGGCUACAUAUGAAACGGACAAACGGCUUGACUUCAGAACCAAAUCACUUGCUUAUUUAGACCAAACUCUGGCGAUCGCAACAAAGGGAGAUGCAUGCAUACAGGAACAGGAAAAUGGGACCGAUGGAAUGGUCACAGAUGCAUCAACUUCAGAACUGCUUUUAUUUGAAUUGCGCGAUCUUUGUUUGGUGAAAACUUUCGACAAAUAUGGCAAUGUCAUAUGUAUUCAUGGAGAUCCAACGAAGGCAUCUUUUGUUGUUAUAAAUUCAGAGGGCACGGUUUACUUGGUCACUCAAUCAUAUGACCAGAAAGUGAGAUUGCCCAAUCCAAUAUUGGAUGUUGCUGUUCUGUGGGAUAGAGACAUUUGGCUACUGAUAACAGGAGGCGGCAAUGUCAUUGUAUAUGAUCCGUCAGAGGACAGGAAACUAGGUUCGUUCGGCGCCUACACUGUUCAAGUCAUAGACGUCGAUAUUCUUGAUCAAACAUGCAUCACUUUAGGAAGUAAUAUGGAGUUGAAAACAUGGUCUGUGGAUGCCUUAUUGGAAUUGAUCAAUGAAUCUGAGGAAAAAUCUGUCGCCGUUGAUGUUACACUGCCUGGCCAAGACAACGUCACCGCUAUAGCCGUUUCCCUGGACGAAACACUGUUGUUCACAUGUAAGGAGGACUGCACAAUGCGAAUCUGGAACAAUGAUACAUUAACAGUAGAACUAAUGAUAGUCAUGGAAAUAGUUGGCAACAUUAUCCAUCCAAUGUCAAACUGCAUCAUCGUGCACGAUACGACACUUGGCAAACUCAAGGUGUUCGAUUUCCUGGGGAACAUGAUUUUUGAACCUCCAGACACAAUGGUCAAUAUCAUGUGCUCAAGUCUCAACUCAACAAAAACAAAGCUAUUUGCGAUAAGUGCACAGCAAAAGGGACGGGAACAAAUUGAUGAAAUAGAUGUUGGAAGAAUGCAGCAUGUACGGUCGACGCGUUUGCAACAAAAAUUGACAUAUGAGAGUAUCGAUUUCAAACUGUCUGAACGAGAUCGUUACUUGAUUAUAAGAUCGAAAAUAUCUGACAAAGAGUUUAAAUCUAUCAAGGCAAUGUGGAAGACCGGUGGUUUCAAGGAGCAGCCAUUCAGACAUAAAUACCAUGCGGUUGACCUUGAUCAGGGAAAUGGAACGCUGAUACCUUGCUUUAGACCGCUGUCCAAAAUUCCUUACCUCGGAACUGAGUACCUUGCAAUUGGGCCUUCGACUGUAUUUAUUUCAUCAAAAAGAUGGAUAUGUUUCUGGGAUAUUCCGGUCGGCAAAUGUGACCAACGACAAUGCAGGGAAACGAAGGAUCCGAUGUUUUACCGACCAACUUGGUGCGGAGAGAAGUGUGUUGGAUGGAACUCGGUUUUAGAACUCGACAGCUCGAAGAAGUUUAUUGCCGUCGGGUCCGAAGAUGGAUAUAUGAUGGUGUACAAUGUGGCAACAGGAAUGCCUCCGAAAAAGAAGAAACCUGCGACAAAACAUUGUGCGAAGGUCGUGAAAAUUGCGAUUUCCCCUGACGGAAAAUGGAUUGCUUCAGCGUGCUCAAACAAUGUUCUCAAACUGUGGGACUUCGGGACAGUAACCGAAUGCUUUUCGGCUGGCAUGGAUGCCGUCGUGCGAGAAAUGUUCUUCAACAAAAAUGGCACAAAACUUACGUUGUUCACCGGAGAUGAUUCAACAAGAGUGAUGGUCUUUGAUGUACAUGGUUGAUCUAACUUCAUUAACAUUAAGCCGUCAGACGUUUGAUUGGAUAGAUGGAGAGAUGCUAGACAACUGAUGUUUUCUAGUUUAGAUAUUUAAGCAUGGUCGCUUUCAUAUUGUCCGUUGUUGCAUUUAUAAAUAAAUGAGAUAACAACUGCAUUUUGAUCUAAUCAUAUAUAUGUACACAAUGUAUAUGUAUUGACUAAAACCACAAGUUUUCACUUUAUAAUAUGUAAUCUCGCCUUCCUCAUAUUGCAUAUAUAAAAUCUCAUAGAUUAAUGUUUUUUUCAUAUUAUUUUGUUAAGUUUGUUGUAUAAUACAAGUGAUGCAUGUUUUUUAUGAGUAAGGUCUGACGUUUUAUUGAAAAAUUGUACGUUUUAUUGAAAAAUUGUACGUAUAUGUUUGAGUACAUAGUGACAUUUUUUGUACGGAGCGGUUUUAUCAUUUACAUGUGUAUCAGCGUCUGAAUGUCUUGUGAAUUACCUUCGUAUCAACAUCGCAAUGUCUUGUGAAUUUCCUGUGUAUCAACAUCUGAAUGUCUUGUGAAUUACCUGUAUAUCUACAUCGCAAUGUCUUGUGAAUUACCUUCGUAUCAACAUCGCAUUGUCUUGUGAAUUACCUGUACAUCUACAUCGCUAUGUAUUGUGAAUUACCUUCGUAUUAUCAUCGCAAUGUCUUGUGAAUUACCUGUAUGUCAACAUCGCAAUGUCUUGUGAAUUACCUGUGUAUCAACAUCUGAAUGUUUUGUGAAUUACGUGUGUAUCAGCGUCUGAAUGUCUUGUGAAUUACCUGUAUAUCUACAUCGCAAUGUCUUGUGAAUUACCUGUAUAUCUACAUCGCAAUGUCUUGUGAAUUACCUGUGUAUCAGCAUCGCAAUGUUUUGUGAAUUACCUGUAUAUCUACAUCGCAAUGUCUUGUGAAUUACCUGUGUAUCAACAUCGCAAUGUUUUGUGAAUAACCUGUAUAUCUACAUCGCAAUGUCUUGUGAAUUACCUGUAUAUCUACAUCGCAAUGUUUUGUGAAUUACCUGUAUAUCUACAUCGCAACGUCUUGUGAAUUACCUGUAUAUCUACAUCGCAAUGUCUUGUGAAUUACCUGUAUAUCUACAUCGCAAUGUCUUGUGAAUUACCUGUAUAUCUACAUCGCAGUGUCUUGUGAAUUACCUGUGUAUCAACAUCGGAACGUUAUGUGAACACUGAUAUUUUAUCCUCUUGCAUCGUUCUCAUAUUCCCAUCUCAUAUCUUGUCUGGAAAGAAACGUGCACUUAACAUGUAUGGGAGAUUGCUUUGAUUGUUGUUCCGUUGAUAGUAUAACUAUAACCGUUUAGUGUCCUAAUGUAUAUGUAUAUACCGACAAAGACACUAAUUUCUAGAGAUAUCUUAGCUAACAGGUUAAAGUAUCUUAUUUCAGCUCGACAAUGUUCUAACUGAAACUAGAUUUAGCGAAAUAAAAAUAGUUUAUCAUUAACAUCGUAAAGAUAAUUUCUCUUGAAAGUCUCAGAUGGUCCACAAGUUCUAACAAAACAGACAUAGUGUGUUAAGCUUGAUUCUGUUAUAUUAACCGUUUAGUGGGACUUGGUCAUUGUUGAUUUCUUAUUAUUAACUACACUGUUUAUGAAAUGACAUUUCCAACGAUUUCUGACAUUUUGAUAUAUUUAUUUUGUCUUUGUUUUGUCGUUAUUUUGACUUUGUAUUGAGGUAAAAUGGACUUUUGUCCAGAGUUAAGUGUUUGUUUUUUUGUAUUACUGUUAAUGUUGUGUUUAAAUGAUAUUGACAAUCAAAUGUGAUACAAAAAUAAACUUGUUAUUCUCGUGAUAUUUUAAAUGAAUGCACUGUCUGUGAUGUAUUUUACCCAUUGUACACAUAUAAAGAAAUGCGCACUAUAAUAAAAUAUAAUUCAGA